AUGUCCGCGCCGGCUGCGCGGCUGUAUCGGUACUUUGCGGCCACGGCGCCUGCGGCGUCGGCUGGAGAGGCCGAGGACGGGGGCGUGGGCUUGGGCCUGGGCCUGGGCCUGGGCCUGGGCCUUGGCGGCUACGGGGUGCCGGGCGCGCUGGUACUGAUCUGGCUGGUGCUGGCGAUUGUGCCAGCGGUGCUGCUACUGGGGCCAUCGGGCGGUGCGCUGUGUGAGUUUGACUUUCGCGACGAUGCCACCAACGUGGCGACGGUGCUGGCGCUCGACGCGCUGCUUGUGGGCAUGAUGAUGCGUGUGGGGUGGGCGGCGUGUAGCCAUCGCGCCCUGCUCCCGGGCUCGGUCACGUGGGGCCUGCUUCUCGCCUGCCAGGUCGGUUCGCUCACGCUCUACUACCUUCGCAAGGUGAUCACCACGACCGACGCAACGUGCGGAACGGCCACCUUUGCACUGGCGGUCAUGGACACUCUCGUCAAGUGCGCCAACGUCUACUUUCUGAUGGCAUUCUACACUGAUGUGGCGCUCUCGGUCCCGGAGCUCCGGCUAGUCCUGCUCUUUGUAGUUGGCGAGCUGCUGGUUCUUCCUGUUGCCGGCAUUGCCUUUCUCGAAAACGCCACCCACGUCGACGCGGCGACAGGCCUGCUCAAGGUCGAUUGGGCCAUUGCAUGGAUGAUUGGCGCGUUGGGCGUACUCGUCACUGGCUUUGUCUGUGUAUUUCUCGCCGCCGAAGCCUACGCCUCGCGCAACAUCAUCCGCCGCCUGCGCCUUGUCCUCUACACCUUUGGCAUCUUCUUUGCCGUCCUCUCGCACCUGGUCACCUUUCUUGUCGGCCGACUCGACGGCGUCUCGCGCCUGUUCUUUGUCGUUCUCUUCCUCGGAACAGCACUCGUGUGCCUUGCCACCGAGCUCAAUGCAGCCUCGAUCCGCACCCGUAUUCCGAUCCUCGCCCUCGCCUUUACUGCCGUUUUCGUUGUCCUCCUCGCCACAACGAUGUCGGACACCCACUCGUCGUCUAUCCCGUCGGCGGCUGAGGUCUUCCUCCCACCGCCGUCGCUGCACCUGGCCGGAAGCACCGGGGACGAAGCCGAACACGUCGACGACGACGACGGCGACGACGGCGACCACCAACACCACCAAGAGUCACGACACGAGGAAAACGUUGGCUCAGCCGCUGCUGCUGCGUCUCUUUUUAAAGCCUCUGUUGACAACUACGCUGGGAACGACGACGACGAUGAUGAUGGCGACGACGGCGACGACGACGGCGAUGACGAUGACGAUGACGACGGCGACGACAGUAGUGACCAGGAAAGUUGCGAGUCUGAGCCGAUACCGGCGCAAAGUGUGGCGUGCCCCUCGCUGCUGGCGAUUGUGGUAUCCGAGUUCCAUGUGGUGCGCGGGCCGCGGGUGCUGUUUGCGGCACCAGCGGGAGCGAUGCCGCCGUCUGCGUUUGUGCGGAUCAAGGAGUUUGUCAUUCCCAAGCCGGAGCUCUUCCACAAGCUGGUGGAUGUGGCGGUGCCGGCGCACGGCCUGCGGUUGCUGUCGAUGGCCGUGAAUCUGGAGAGCGAGCACUAUCCACGCAACAACCUGCUUUUCAAUGUCGCAUUUGUGUUCACGCCGCGGGCCGACACGGCGCCGUUCCGUCCACUGCUGGCCAAGACAGCGGCGUUUCUAACGGCGCUCGAGAAGGAGAGUGCGUUUGUGUCGCGGCACACCAACAUGCUCAUCGAGGACGAGGACGAGGCAGGCGAGCCGUCAUCGCCGGCAUCGCCGACCGCGACAUCGGCCGAGACCGAGCCGCUGCUUGCGUUGGUCAACUCAGUCUUUGCGCAGCUCCGCGAGUCCGGCUCGGCCAACGUGACAGUUGACGAGCGCAACUCGCUGUUUCUCUCGCUGGACGUGUCGGUGGCAGCAGCGAGUGAUCGGGCAGCCGAGGUGCGGACGUGGGACGUGCCGCUGCUGGUUGCUGCUCUACCGCCGCAGCCGCUUCUUGACGAGUGGGGUAUCGCCCUCCUGGCCGUCCUUCCGUUUAUCGACGGCUUCAACUACGUCAAGCGCAUUGCGAUGCUUGCCGGUAUGGCCGAGGACCUCGCUGCUGAGGCCUGUGCUGCGCUGGUUGCUGCCGGCUACGUGGCGCUCGUGGAUAUCUUUCAGUUCUCCAACGUCUACCACACCACCCCUGUAUUCGACGCGCUGUACGAGCCUGGUUCGGCCCUAAUGGCGCAGGCGCAGAGGGUGCUGGCACCGCCCGGCGCGCCGCCGCCAUCGCGCAAGACUGUGCUCGAGCUGUACGCCGCGCUCCGUGCGCCGCGCACGCUCUCCGAGUUUUGCCUCUCGCACGAUCUCGACGCGCUCAACAUUGAUGUCCUUGUCCUCGUCCGCUUUGGCAUUCUGCACGGCAUCCUCCGCCGCGUCCAUCGCUACGUUCUCGCGCUUGAAGAUGCCAUCGACGCCGCCUCUGUCCCACCGGGCACGCUUGCGGCGUCGGUGGCGGUAUCGUCACCCGACAAAAUGCGCAGUAGCCGCAGGCGCGGCCGUGGCGGUAGCGGCGGCAUGCCGGGUGGGGCACGCCGGACUUGGGAUGCGCUCUCCCCGGCGCAGGCCGCCGCCUUGGUGGAGAUGGCUGAUGGCCAGCACCACUUUGACGCCAUGUGUACCCAGCUCAUGGUCCCUGCUGCCCAGCUGGAGGAUGUCUUUGCCGCGGACACCUUUGUCACCUUUCUCAAGUAGCAUGCAAUGGGCUGGUGGCUAACUCUUUACGGUACAGCGUGAUCACACCUGUCCACACCCUCAUACACCCGAGUUUGCUUCUGCACCCGAUGUCACUGCGACGGCACCGCGAUCCCCGCCAGCUACCACACGGUCAGAGCGAGUUCGACGCCAGUCGGCGCGUGCCAGGGCUGGCAAGAAGAGUGCGCACUGCGGAUUGCGUUGAUCGGCACAGCGCAUCAUGCUGCGGCGCCCUUUUGCAGCGAGAUGUACGUCACGUUGUUCCCACGGAGAAAGGCAUCGCCGUACGCCCGUGUCUUCUUGCCAUUGACAAACUCCUCGGUCUGCUCCAGCACCAGGUUCAUGAACCCGUCGAGCGAG